AACGCAUCGAAGAUAGCGUGACCGAGUCCCUUCUUCUUCCUUUUCCUUUUUUCUCUCCGUCUGUCUGGCUCCUCUUAUCCGCAGCCUCUGAAACCCUAGUACCCUCGUAAUUCCUGCUGUGGAAACCUUGGAACGAGCAUAAUUUUCGAAGACUCUGAGGUUGUUUGAGCAUUUGUGAUUUUGGAUUGGAACUGGAAGUGUUGUGAUUUGGGUUUGGUUUCGUGUGUCAUUUCUGUGGGAAUUUGGAGUCCUGUCUCGUGGGGAGCUUUUUGUGGUGGUUUGGGUUUUUGAGGUCUGGGAUUCUGGGUUUUGUUUCGUGGGGUUCUGAGUGGGUAGGAUGUCUUCUUUGAGCAGGGAGUUGGUGUUUCUUAUACUCCAAUUCCUUGAGGAGGAGAAGUUCAAGGAGGCUGUGCACAGACUUGAGAAAGAUUCUGGGUUUUUCUUCAACAUGAAGUACUUUGAGGAGAAAGUUCAGUCUGGUGAGUGGGAAGAAGUAGAAAAGUACUUAUCAGGAUUUACAAAAGUUGAUGAUAACAGAUACUCCAUGAAGAUAUUCUUUGAAAUCAGGAAGCAGAAGUAUCUUGAAGCACUUGAUCGGCAAGACAAAGCAAAGGCUGUUGAAAUAUUAGUGAAUGAUUUGAAAGUGUUCUCAACAUUCAAUGAAGAAUUGUACAAAGAAAUCACUCAGCUUUUAAUUCUUGGAAAUUUCAGGGAAAAUGAGCAGCUGUCCAAGUAUGGAGAUACCAAAACAGCUCGUAGCAUAAUGUUGAUUGAGCUCAAAAAACUCAUAGAAGCAAAUCCCCUCUUUCGUGAUAAGCUUGUUUUCCCCACUCUGAAGUCAUCAAGACUGCGGACUCUUAUUAACCAAAGUUUGAACUGGCAGCAUCAGCUAUGCAAGAACCCAAGGCCAAACCCGGAUAUUAAAACCUUAUUCACAGACCAUAAUUGUACACCUCCAAAUGGUCCUCUUGCACCAACACCUGUCAAUCUCCCAGUUGCAGCAGUUGCUAAGCCUGCUGCUUAUACCCCACUUGGAGCUCAUGGUCCCUUUCCACCGACAGCCGCAGCUGCAAAUGCUAAUGUUUUAGCAGGUUGGAUGGCCAAUGCCUCCGCUUCUUCAUCUGUCCAAGCAGCUGUUGUUACUGCAUCAUCCAUACCUGUUCCACAGAAUCAAGUUUCAAUCUUGAAACAUCCUAGAACACCUCCAGGAACACCUGGAAUGGUGGACUAUCAGAGUAAUGAUCAUGAACAAUUAAUGAAACGACUGCUUCCUGCUCAAUCUGUUGAAGAGGUCACAUAUCCAACCCAGCGACAGCAAGCUCAUUGGUCACUGGAGGAUCUGCCCAGAACAGUAGCCAUGACCAUUCACCAAGGAUCCACUGUCACAAGCAUGGAUUUUCAUCCUUCUCGUCACACAUUACUUCUUGUUGGUUCUAGUAAUGGUGAAAUUACUCUCUGGGAACUCAUGUUGCGUGAGAGGUUGGUUUCAAAGCCAUUCAAGAUAUGGGAUCCGCCAACCUGCUCAUUGGCAUUUCAGGCUUCCUUUGCCAAAGAUGCGUCAAUAUCUGUCAGCCGAGUUACAUGGAGUCCAGAUGAGAAAUUUGUGGGAGUUGCAUUUACCAGGCAUUUGAUUCACUUGUAUGCUUAUCCCGCAUCAAAAGAUCUUUGCCAAAAUAUAGAGAUUGAUGCCCAUGCUGGAGGUGUGAAUGACUUGGCUUUUGCUCUUCCAAAUAAACAACUAUGUCUUGUGUCCUGUGGGGAUGAUAAGCUGAUUAAGGUGUGGGAUUUGACAGGAAGAAAGCUAUUCAACUUUGAAGGUCAUGAGGCUCCAGUAUAUUCUGUCUGUCCUCAUCACAAGGAGAACAUUCAGUUUAUAUUUUCAACUGCUGUUGAUGGAAAAAUAAAGGCCUGGCUGUAUGAUCACGUGGGUUCUAGAGUUGACUAUGAUGCUCCUGGACACGGGUGUACUACAAUGCUUUAUAGUGCUGAUGGAAGCAGGCUGUUCUCUUGUGGCACAAGUAAAGAUGGGGAUUCUUAUCUAGUUGAAUGGAAUGAAAGUGAAGGAGCAAUAAAGCGAACUUAUAGUGGGUUUAAAAAGAAAUCAGUGGGUGUUGUGCAGUUUGACACAACACAGAACCACUUUUUGGCUGCUGGUGAAGAUAGCCAGAUUAAGUUUUGGGAUAUGGAUGAUACCACUGUUCUCACCAGCAUGGAUGCAGAGGGUGGACUUUCGAGUCUUCCUCGCUUGAGGUUCAAUAAAGAAGGGAAUCUCCUUGGAGUUACUACAGCAGACAAUGGAUUCAAGAUACUUGCAAAUGCUGUUGGUCUCAGAUAUUUUAGAGCAAUUGAGGCCCCGUCGUUUGAAGCAUUGAGGUCACCCAUUGAAUCUGCUGCAGCUAAGGUACCUGGUUCUUCUGUUGUCACAAAUGUAAAUUCAGUCAAUUGUAAAGUAGAAAUGAGCUCCCCUAUCAGGCCUUCUCCAAUUCUUAAUGGAGCUGAUCCCAUGAGUAGAAGCAUGGAGAAGCCAAGAAUUGUUGCGGAGGAUGUAACCGAUAGAAGUAAAACCUGGCAGUUGUCUGAAAUUAGUGAUGCUGUCCAGUGCCGAUUAGUUACCAUGCCCGACAGCAAUGAUUCUUCCAGCAAGGUUGUUCGACUUUUAUAUACAAAUUCUGGUGUUGGGGUUUUGGCACUUGGGUCUAAUGGUGUUCAGAAGCUGUGGAAGUGGACACGCAACGAGCAAAAUCCAAGUGGAAAGGCCACUGCCAGUGUCGUUCCACAGCAUUGGCAACCAAACAGUGGCCUUCUUAUGAGUAAUGAUGUCUCAGGUGUCAACCUUGAUGAAGCAGUUCCAUGCAUAGCCCUAUCAAAGAAUGACUCAUAUGUAAUGUCAGCCUGUGGUGGAAAGGUUUCAUUAUUUAACAUGAUGACAUUCAAGGUAAUGACCACAUUCAUGCCACCACCCCCUGCUUCUACCUUUCUAGCAUUUCACCCCCAGGAUAAUAACAUCAUAGCUAUUGGAAUGGAGGAUUCAACUAUCCAUAUAUAUAAUGUUAGAGUGGAUGAGGUCAAAUCAAAAUUGAAGGGUCACCAAAAGAGGAUUACUGGCUUAGCUUUUUCAACAAAUCUUAAUAUACUGGUUUCUUCAGGUGCUGAUGCUCAACUUUGUGUGUGGAGCAUUGACACGUGGGAAAGGAUGAAGUCCAUUACAAUCCAAAUACCUUCUGGAAAGGCACCUGCUGGCGACACCCGAGUGCAGUUCCACUCUGACCAAAUCCGCUUGCUAGUAGUCCAUGAGACACAGCUAGCUAUAUAUGAUGUAUCCAAGAUGGACCGCACUCGGCAGUGGGUCCCACAAGAUGCACUUCCUGCACCCAUUUCUUCUGCUGCAUACUCGUACAAUAGUCAACUGGUUUAUGCCACCUUUUGCGAUGGUAACAUUGGGGUUUAUGACGCUGAUAGCCUGAGACUAAGAUGUCGUAUAGCCCCAACAGUCUACUUAUCCCAGGCAGCUUUAAACGGCCAAUCUUCGUACCCCCUUGUUGUUGCUGCGCAUCCUCUGGAUUCCAACCAAUUUGCCAUUGGAUUGAGUGAUGGGUCUGUAAAGGUGAUAGAACCAAUUGAAUCAGAGGGGAAGUGGGGCACAACUCCACCUAUGGACAAUGGGGUACCCAAUGGUAGGACAGGAUCAUCAUCAACAACAAGCAACCACACACCUGAUCAGGCACAAAGAUGAGAUUCCUUGUAUUUUACUAGUUAAGUUCCUCCCAUCUGUAUCUUAUCAGCCUAGGUAUUUAGGUUUUUAUUCUCCCAUUUGUUCCUUGUCAAUGGGAAGCUUUGGACAUAAAAGUGUUAAUGGUUAGAUGUAUAUAUGUUUCUGAUAUACGUAAUUUGUUGUAGUCAACUCAUAAAAUGAAUUGCUCUUUGU